GGCGUGCGCACCUCGGCCCAGUUCGGCCAGGCCUCCGUCAGCAGACCGAGGGCCAACAACAGGGGCUCGACCACCUCCCUGCGAUCCGACGGGGCAGGAGAUCCACUGGCGGAUAGAGAUAGGAAGGUAGACGAACGGCGCGGGCGGUUCUUCGUGCUGCGGGCGAGGAGCGACGAGGUUCCGCGCAGGAGAGGCAGCCUUGUUUCCGAUCGACCAAGCAACAUCAGGAACGUCUUUAAGGUGAGUGGGUUGGGAUGCGGUCGCCAGCGAAGCACGGGCGACAUCCAGACAGGGCGCGCGUCCGGAUCCAUUCGCUCGACCGGGUCUUCGGCGUCGUGGAUGUCGACGGACUCCGGCCAGUCGGCGUACACAGUAGGAGACGUUCCGGACGAGGGUUCCAACGCCUCCUUCAUCAUCGAGGACGAACAGCUGGACGCGAGUGUGGUGGAGAACUACAUGGGCGAGAAGAACGACAAGCGGUGCGGUUUCGGCGUCUCGGACCGCACCGACGGACUCAAGUACGAGGGCGAGUGGUACAACAACAAGAAAUACGGCUAUGGCGUGACUACGUUUAAGGACGGCACCAAGGAAGAGGGGAAAUACAAGAACAACGUCCUGAUCACAUCCACAAGAAGAAAACACGUCUUCCUCAUUCGCUCCGCCAAGUUUCGCGAGCGGAUCGAGGCAGCGGUGGCGGCCGCGCAGAAGGCUGCCAAGAUCGCCAUGCAGAAGGAGGACAUCGCUAUCUCUCGGACCGCUACUGCCCGCGGGAAAGCCGAGCAGGCAGAUAUAUAUGCUGUCCAUGCAAGGGAAGACUCCGAUAUUGCAAGAAUUUUCGCCAAACAGUUUGCACCAGAUUUCCACCAACCAGGAGUCGCGGCGCAGGAGGUGGCGGGCUCGCGCCGCACGUCCAUGAACCCGGGCGGCGGCGGGAUGCUGCCCGACGCGCCGCUGCCGCAGAUGACGCGCGGCGACUCGCUCAUGCGCGGCGCGGACCGCGGGAACACGCCCAUGCGGCAGAGCGGCCGCGGCGGCUCCAAGCCCCCGCCGGCGCCCGACUUCAGCUCCAUCCCCAGCGCCACCCUCAACGACCGCUUCAGCCACUACAACAGACCGCCGUCGCGCCCGCCGUCGCGCGACCGCUCCGUGGACCGCUUCGCGUCGCGCGGCCAGACGCCCGUGCCGCCCGAGCUGAUCAACCCGCGGUCGCGCGCGCCGUCUGCGCAGCGCUCCACGACGCAGGACUGGACGCCGGACUCGGGCGUGUACGACGACGAGGCGGCGGCGCCCGCGGGCGGCUCCCGACGGCCGUCGCGCCCCGCCUCCAUCAUCUCGAGCGAGGCGCCGGCGCUCACCGGCAACGGCUCGGUGGGCGGCGGCUUCCCCGUGCCCUACGCCAUCCCCUCGAGCCCGCAGGAGGCCGAGAGCCUUCUGCGCAAGCGCGCGUGCGGCCAGGAGAUCCCGCCGUGCCCGCCCACGCCCGGCCAGGGCACCGUCAAGCGCACAGAGUCGCUCUACAUCAACCCCAUCGUGCGGCGUCAGGCGCAGGUUAAGACGGCGCCGGCGCCCACGUUGAAGCGCAAGAAGUCGCUGCCGGAGGUGCAGGGGCUGCCCGUGAACAUCAUGUCGCGCGAGGAGGCCGCGGUGCUCAGCUCCGCCCAGAGGCACGAGUUCCGCCGCCAGGCCGAGGAGGCCGAGCUGUACCGCGCCAACCCGCUCCUCUACCUCACCAGUCCUGCCGUUCAGGACUGGUUCUCCCGGCAGCGGCUGGUCAUGCUCAUCCUCGUCCUCAACCUGUCGCUGGCCUUGAUGUUCUUCAAGCUCCUGUCGUAGCAGCCAGCGAGGUCGCGGGUUCUCGAGGCUGCCGCCCUCGCCGCCGCCACCGCCGCCGCCGCCGCCGCCGCCGCCGCCGCCACGUGAGAGCCUCGCUUGCCGCAGCCCCACUCUCAGGGAGUGCCCGAAGCAGCAACAGCAGCAGUACCACCAGCAGCCCCAGGCGUCCCUGCGUGUCGGCCGCCGCCCGUGCCUUCCUCAGCAGACCACGCCUGCUACUCGCCUGCUCACGUGUGCUGUCAGAAUCUUUAUUUUGUUAUGGUUCGUGACGCGUUCUGCCGCCCAUGUGUGAGCCGUCCCUUUUUGUACCGCCGCCGCUGCCGCCGCCGCCACCGCCGCCGCCGCCGCCGCCGCUGCCGCCGCCGUAGCUGAUGUCCUCAGCGGGCGGCGUAAGAGCUCACGUCGCGCCCUGGCCCGACUGCCCUUACCCUGCGCGGCCCGGGGGCUGGGGAGGGGAGGGAGAAGGCGAAAGGAGAGGAGAAGAAGAAGGGAAGAGAAAGAGAGAGAAAAACCCAAGAGUUGAGAAGAGAAAACGGGAAUCGGAAGAAAACGGAGAAGCCGCCCUUUCGAACCCGCGGAAGAAGAAGAAGAAGGAUCGAGUGAGUUCUGAUAAAAACGAGGAUUUGGAAUAAGUUACACGAGAAAGAGAGAGAGAAAAAAAGAGAGAAGAAUAAUGACAAUGCGUAUAUAUUCUGAAACGGUGACUGAAUGAGCUCUUUGUCCCUUGUGGAGUGUUUUGGCUGUGCCUCAUUUCCCGUCACGUGACCUCAGACUCACACAGCCGGGGCGAAACCUGUAAAUUGCUUCUCUUUUACUACUUAACCCAUUGACGCGGUCUCCACAGGCCCGGGCGGUUCGCGAACUGAAAUAAAAUGAAAAAAACAAGAAAGAUUGAAGAGAAAUUUAAAAAAAGGAAAAGGAAAUAUAUACAUAAGCCCCGGUUUUCACUCGCUAAUCUUGCAUAAUAGGCACUUUUUUCAUAUCCACCUAAUGUACUCUUUGUGAAGUUUAGUACGGCAUUGUACUCUUUGUAAUUUCUAGUACUGGUUGAAUGGUUUUUUGUUGUUUUUUCCGAAAAGAGGAGUAAGAAUGUAUUACUAUUACGGUUUUACUGGUUGCCUCUCGUGUGGCAGAGGUCAUAUUGACUUUUGCGCCAGGGGAAUAUUUGUACAGUGAAAGAACCAUUUGUACUUUUAAAAAAAUAUAUGAGUCUCCCAUCUGCGUUUUUUUUUUUUUUUUUUUUUUUUUUAAUGGAAGGGAGACCAAAAAAAGACUCAUUUGCAAGAGGAGGGGUUUUAUGAUUAUGUUAUUCUUGUGUUCUCUCUCUUUUUAUGUAUAUGAAAAGAACAAGUUUCAGUGUUUGGCGAAUGAGAAGAAAACGGGGUUUGGGAAGGCUUUUUGUUCUCAUGUACCCCGUUUUCUAUUUUUUUUUUUUUUUUUUUUUUGCCUUUUUGAUUAGCUCAAAUUUGUCAUUUCAUUGUCACUGAUGAUGCUGUUGUGCAUAGUGUAUGAAUUCUCUCUUUUGUAUAAUAUUUUUUAUUUAUUUAUUUAUUUAUUUAUUUGUCGUAUAAUCUUGUUUCUUUUUGUAACAAUAGUAAUGCGUAUUAUGCCGGUACCCCUGGGACGCUCCUGGUGGCACCCUGCUGGCACUUGCCAACAUUUGCCAACAUUUGCCAACAUUUGCCAGCGCUCCACCAGCAGCCUCCCAUGCCGGCAUGACCAAGACUGUUGUAUUAUAAUCACAUGCAAAAGCAGAACACUUUUUGUGGUCUUGACACGUUCUAGAAAGCUAAACUGCCUAGUCAGACACCAUGGUUUUAGUUUUACAUAGGAAACUCUUUAGUAAUUCCUUUUUAUUUAUUCAUUUAUUCAUCCAUUUAUUUUUAUUCACUUUGGCUAUUUUUGUAGUUUUAGUUGAGAAGUGUUGAUAAGGAGAAGGAUAAACGUUGAGGCCUGGGCCGCGUCCCCGCGGAGGUGGCGCCGCGACCCUGUGGUUGUGUUGCAGCCCGACUUGUGAGGUGUUCCUCCCACUCUGCAUCAGCCCGUGCAUUCAACUAAAUCUUUGACACACACAACUUUGCAUUUCUUUUAUACUUUUUUGCUGGAACACAGACGGCGUCUGACAGCCUGCCACCACAGGGGCUCAACCCAGCACCUCGGGGAAGCGCGCCCUCAGCCUCCCGCCGGGGAGCACCUUCAGCUAGACCCGCGUCUGCCUCUGUUAUUCUUAGUGUUACGAUUAUGGCCGCCCUCCCUUCCCCGUUGUUCAAGGGCCGCGUGUGAACCCUGACUCGCACUGGCGAAUCCUACCCGUUCGCGCUACGAGUCGGGCCGAACAACCCUCUGGCUGCAGGUGCUUCCAGGUCGCAGUCCAGGCAGGUCCUUGCGCCGUUCCAGCCGCUGUUAGUUUGUGAGAUUCACUGGCGAAGAAAGAAAGAUGAAAACGAAAAUAAAACGGAGACCAUUCCUCUGCCGGCGAGAGGUCCUCGUGAGACGAUGGCGACUGUCUUCCCGCGAGAGGACGAGGACUUUCCCGGCUCCGGAGGGAGAGGAUCGAGACUUUAUUUAUCUAUUUGUUCACUCAUUCGUAUUUGUUGCGAGGCGCAUUCUUCACGACGCUGGAGACGGCCGUUCUUUUACGAAGGUCAUGGCCCUUCCUCCUGCUCGGAAAGAACACCCGGCAUUAGCGUGUCCUCUCCCCUCUUCCGGGUCACGUUCCGGCGACGGGGAACGCGACGCUGAUCUGAUGCCUGGCGUUCCUUCCUGUGUCUUGGUACGGACCCUUCUUCCUUCCUUAUCUCUUAGACACGCGACUCCUCGUCCUCCUCGUCCUCCUGCUGGGCGCCCAAGGGAAGGUCCGCAGUAGCAGGACGAGCAGAGAGAGCGCUGAUUCCCUCGAACUGAAAAGAAAAGAAAAGCAAGAAAAACAGCUGACUGUGACUCGUGCGUGUGUGGGUGCGAUGUCGAUGUAUGUUGUCUUCGUCGAGCGGCGCGCGGCAGCUGCUGCGGAGCAUCACUUCAGACCUUAUUCUAGAAGAAUCUCGAGCAAACCAACCUUUCAACUCGGCCUUCGAGAUGGCAGCCGCUCGUCUCCCUCUUCUCGGCUCGUCCUUCGGUCUCGCCAAAGUUUUUUCUAUCUUCCUUCGAGAACCGGAGGACACCGAGGGAGAAAGGCGGACAGAGGUGACAUCUAGUGGCCGAGAAUCGAACCAGACAUACCUUACAGUUCUCGCCGUCUCUCAAACAUCACUCAAGAGGGUGGUCGCGAUGGGCUUCUCAUCUUGUUAUGCGAGUCCUCGGGGGGAGGAAAAGGAGGAGGAAUUCAAAACGGGAAGAAAAGGAAAUCUAUUUUUCAUUGACUUUAGAAUGGGAGGAGUUCGGUUACUUCGAUCUUUAGGUCAGAUUUAUACAGUAGUUUGCUGUCUCCAAAUAAAUCGGUGUUUGUUUCACUCUUUGCCAUCAAGGAGCGUUUUGGCGUUUUUUGUUAUUUUUUGUUAUUUUUACGGAGAUAAGAAUUUGUAAAGAAUAUGUAAUCGAAAGAAAAACAAAAUAACAUAAAUCUCCAUCGUCAAAAUCGACAUUAACUUUCAUGACAGAAAAUGAGAUUUUUUUUCAUUGCCUCCCCGUUAUCAUAAAUCGCAAAAUCUUCAACUAAAGAAGAAGAGAGAGAGAAAAUAAAGAGAAGAGAACGACCCUCACCCCCCCCCCCCCCACCAUCCUCAAAAUAGAAAACCGAAAACCAAAAAAAA